AUGGGAAAGUGGAACCAUCGAUCCCAUCGAUCCAGAAACCAGCGUCGCAGAUCUCCGUUGCGAUGGUAUAGCGACCGACAUUCUUCUUCUUCCUCUUCUGCUUAUGGUGAAAACGAUGGGAUUCCGGUUUGGGAGAAGAGAUUCUGCGAAGUGGUUGGAUCAGUGCCAUGGCAAAAAGUAGUGGAAGCUAGCAGUUUCAAGAGCUGGUACCAAGGCAAUGUAAUCACUUGGAAUGAUUCCGCCUGCGAAGAGACUUUCCACAAUGAGAAGAAACGAUUCUGGUCACAGUUUUAUGGAGUCGGCUGUGAUAUCUCACUUCCUGAUCCGGAUUGUUUCAUCGGCGAAGUAGAUUGGGAUACUUCCAUUGAGCCAGAACUGAUUAGGGAUUUAGAAAGGGCUUACUUUGCUCCUCCUGAUGAGGUGAAUAAUGGUUUGAAACGAGCGCGUCGUGACAACAAGAAUUGGAGUAGUGGUUGUGACUUAGUGCCCAUUGAAGAGACUCGUAUGUUAAAGACUGAUGCUUUGGGGAAGAAAUCGGAUGGCUGGAGCUUAUCUGACAGUAGUAGUACUGAUCAUCUGAGGCCUUGGAAAGGUAAGCCUAGUUGUGAAGCAAAUGAUACAAACGAGAUACAGUGGAAAAGUAAAGAUGGUGACAGUUGGGAGAAGUCUGGCUGGGAUAGGUCAGGGCAUCAAAGCAAGAAAGCAAAAGGUUUUGAAAGUGUUUCGGCCGAAGAGUGUGACAAUCCUUGGGAAGCCAAGCUUAGUUGUAGAGAGGAGAUAGUUAAAGAAACUACUUGGGGAGGUUGCUCUGGUAGAGGAUGGGAGGAGAGAGGUUGGGGUAGUGGUGGUGGAUGGGGAAACCAAGUUAGGGAGAGGAAGGAGUGGCGUGAUGAGGGAUAUAAUCCAUGGAAAGCUGACAAUGUAGGUUUGAGAGAUUAUGGGGGAAAUGCAGGCGGUUGGCAAACCGAUCGAGUGAGUGACACGAGACGAAGAAAUUGGGAUGCGAAACGUUCGAGUGAUGGUUGGGGUAGGCAAGAUAGAGAAAGAGAUGACUCAUGUGGCUACAAUGCUAACUACAGAAACUCAAGGCCUAUGAGAGAUGGUUAUUGGAACAGGAAGGUCAAUUUCUCAUCUAAAUAG